AUGGAUUUCUUCGGAAGGAUCGUAUCGAACCAGCCCGAGGAUGCUGAGGCGGGAGGAUUUCACGAACCCGACACGAUAAGCACGCUCGACGAGCCAGUAUGGCAGACGAUUCUCAGGGAUCUUGCAGACAUUGGAUUGAAGACGCUGCAUGUGGUGUUCCCCUUCUGGGGCUCCUUCAAGCGAGUGAAUCGAUUGAAGGACUGGGAUCUCUGGGGACCACUCCUCCUCUCCUUCAUCCUAGCGAGCGUGCUCACCCUCGCUGCGGGCAAGCAAAGCACCCUCAUCUUCACCACGGUCUUCGUCAUCGUGUGGCUGGGUUCGUGCGUCAUCACCGUCAACGCGAUUCUCCUGGGCGGCAAGAUCUCCUUCUUCCAGACUGUCUGUGCUCUCGGCUACUCGCUCGGGCCGCUCGACAUUGCCGCCCUCAUCUGCAUCUGGUGGCCCAACCUCAUCUUCCGACUGAUCGUCGUGUCCAUCUGUUGGGGCUGGUCCGUGUUUGCGUCAUGGGGCUUCGUGCUGGCGAUGAUGCCGACCGACAAGACCGGCCGCGGACCUCUCGUGCUGUACCCCAUCUUCCUCUUCUACCUCGUCAUCGCCUGGAUGAUCGUCGUAGUGCACGAUGUCGACUAG